CUAUCAAAAUAAAUAAAAUAUUAAAAAUAAAAAUAAGAUAUAUUUAUAGGAAGAUUUCAUGAAUGUUUUUUGACAUUUGAUAGAGGUGAACGAUCUUGGUAUUGCGAUAUUUUAGCAUAGAAGAGAGGACCUCUCUUUCAAAACGUAACUGCCAUCAAUCACACUCCUCGGUUGUAUUUUUUCAAGUUAACAUCCUGGAAAAAAGUUAUUGGGGGGGAAAAAAGUGCAGUGCAAUGCCCGUAUACAAAUCAGUGAUACCACUGCAUCUGGAAUAUUGUGAAUACUUCGGGCUACCGCAUGUGAUAAAGGAUAUUCCCAUGCUGGAAGGACAUUGCCUCCAAAUACCUCUUGCAGAAGAACAGGGUGGAAUGUUGAAUGAAGGGUAUGUCUCCAUUUUCUUCUUGCAAACAUUCCAGAGGUAUAUGACUGGCCACAGAGAGAAACAAAAGAGCUGACAAAAUUGCCUUUGACCAUAUCCAGCAGAGCUAUUCUUAUCUUAUUUUUCCUGUCCUGAUUAUAAAAUACUUACUCCCAUGUAUAAAUGAAAAACAAAGGUAAUUGAAAGUGAUGAGCUGGGGCUGUCUAGAGGAACAGCUGAUUUACCUGCUUUUUACUCUAGUGACUCCGUAUCGUUUCACAUAACGCUUUCCACCUGAUUCAUGAGAUAUCCCAUUUUCUAGGUAAACUUUCCUCUUUUUAUCACAAUUUUCAUAGCUCAGUCUGACCAACAUUAAACCAUACGCUGUUCAAAUAGGCUGGAUUUACCCAUGUUAAGCAACACUAAAAAAAUAGAAUAUAGUAAAAAUUAUUAUCAAGCUUAGCAUGUGCAAAUGCACCUGUUCAAUAUUUAGCUGACCUGCUUAAAUGUAGUCUCUGAAUAGACCCAAUAGAAUGAUCCAAUUCUGCUGCUGUGGGAUAUGCAAAGUAUUGCAAUUUUGGACUGAACCAUGCUUAGACCUGGAGCUUACAUGGUUCUUACUGGCAGCUAAAGGUAAGUAAGAUGGAGGGGGCUGGGAGGUAUAUAUUACUUAAAUUCAAGAGGCAGUGGGAAGACACUGACAUUUGCUUGUGGGCUACUGAACAUGCUAGAUGUUAGCCCUUUAAAGUAGUUCAGCCAUGAAGCACAGCAAUAAAUACUAGCUCUAUAUUUAAGGUUAACAGACUCUUGCAAGUCUGAAAAUAUUUCUCCCCUUUUUGUUUUUACUCUCCAGAAAACUAGGGUCUCUUCUGAAACACUUCCUACACCUCUCUGCUUGUGUGAACUAAGAUAUAUUUUACAUGAUGGUUGCCUAGUCUGCAGCUCUUCCUCCUGUCUCCUAAGGUAAUUCUCAUAUCCCAUUACAGUGGAAGAAAUAAAUGAGGAUACUAGCCUAGUUCUACUUGCCUCCUAAGACUCCUGGAUUUUUUCUUGGCCAAAAUCUGGAACAAACUGAUCUUGAUUUUGGUAUCUUACAUAGAGCAAUAAUUACAGUUUUGUAUUCAUUUCUAUUGUUGACUGUUCUGUUUUCCACUUAAUGGAAAGCAUGGAUUUCCUUUAAACCUAUUGCCAAGUAUGAUGAUCCUUCUCUGAGCAAAUCAAGCAUAAGAGAUAUGUACUAGGCCCAGAGGACAAACAAGGCCAACACUUUGCAAUGUUGAGACUGGGAGAAGGAGAAAUGAGAGGCUGACAAAAUGUAUGUAAGAAUACCAGAAAACCUGAAAGACUUCCCUGCUUCAACUAAGUUGUUGGGCAACUAUUUUCUGGUGGUGUGUGUGCGUAUACGUGUAUAUAUUAAUACAUAUACAUAUAUGGUGAAAUUCUUUUGAUUACUAAUGUAGAAGUAUCUUGCAGAAGUGAGAAAAAUGCAGAGGAGGAGGAAAAGAUAAAAAAGAUUCAGGAGCAUCACUGACAUAAGGAAGUUACCAUGCUUAGGAAUCCUGGGUAGAGGGCAAUAAUGCUAAUGGUUGAGAAAUCAGAAUAGAGUCUCAAGUUUGUAAAAGUUGAUUAGUUAAAUGAACAAUUUUGCAAAUACACCAAAUGAUAAUUCUCAAGAUAGUUACUAGAUGAUUUUUUUAAAUGGCAGUCUAGAGUCAAGAGUGCUAAAAUUUGUGAUAAUUUUGUUUUAGGUUCUGCAAAAUGUCUGAGUUUCAACCAUUUUGCAUGCAAAAUGCCUUUUCAAUGCAACCUACAUAUUUUGAAUGCAAAACACUAUUCUGAUCAGUUUAGAAGAGUUUAUAACAUCCUUGGCUGGAUCACCUUUUUAAACCAUGACUUUUAUUGAAACAGGAUAUAAAAACCAAUUAAUGUGUCAUGUUUGCCAGUUUGUGUUUGCACUCAAAUUUAUAUCAACAUUUUAUUUUUUUUGUUUUUAAUUUUGACCCCUCUGGAAAUUCUAUUGAAGAAUAUCUAAUAAAUGCUGUACAUAUAAAUAAAACCAAUAACAUUAAACUAAUGCCAAAGUGAAAGCAUGCCCAGAUCACUAAGAUUUAGGAUGUAUACUGAAUUCAGUGGCAUAGCAAAGACAACAGCUUCCUUUAAUAUCUAUUGAAAAGUAGGAUUUUCUGUUAGAUCAGUAUGAGUUUAUAGCUCACUGAACUCUGGUUAAAACAAUUCAAAUAUUUUAUCUUAAUAAUCCUGACAAGCACCUUAAAUUUGUUUAGAAUCACUGUGUUGUAUUGAUGAGCUGCUCCUGUGAUAAGUAGCGUUCCUAUGACUAAUUGCAAAAAAUGAACUAUGACCUUGCUGUUCCUCCCGAUUCUGAUGGCAUUUAGGAAGAGCAAACGUGUUUUCCCCAUCUUACAAAAUGAUGCUUCCUAACAGGCCAGAGGUCCUCAUCCCUCCUUCAGUCCCUUUCAAGAGCCAAUCUAGGCCUGGGAAACCUUCCUUUAGAAAAGGCAUGGAGCUUUUUGAAUGAUCCUACUCUUCUGGGGCCAGAGGUUACUAUGGAAGCAUAUUAUUUCUCUCCCACCUACCUCCCCUUUUUUCCCCUCGCCUCCGCUGUCAUGGUGGCUUUCCGUUGCCGUAGCAACCGCGGGGCAAGUAAGGAUCAGGCGAAGGGGGCGAGGAGGUCGUGGGCUGGCUGCCACCAAGGGAAGAUUUACCCCUCUCGCAAAGGGGGCGGAUGGGAGGGGGCGGUGUUUAGCUGGAAAAGCGGAGGAGUGGACAUCUCUCUUCCCCCCCCCCCGCCUAUCUCAGCCCUAACUUUUUCCAGGCCAGCUUUUUCCACACAGGUGUCCUCAUGGCGUCUGGGAAUGGUGGAAAUGUUAGUCCAAACACAGGUGAAGGCGUUCAGUCCCUCUCCUCAUUUGCCAAGAGUCCGGCGGACUUCCUCGUGCAAAGGUAAAGUCUAGAUGUCCUGGAAUCUCCUCCCGCAGUUGGCAUCCCACAGCUCGAGAAGCCGGGGAGCACCAGGAUCCUCUUACUCCAUCCUUCCUCCCUUGAAGAGAAGCGUCCAGGAGUUCUGGCGCGCCGCCUCCACCCCGCCGGUCGAGAGCCGUCAGGCCAGCCUGGGAUUCUCGGCUCUCUGUAGCCCAGGCGUCCUGGUCUCAGUAGCUCUCCCGCCUCGGCCUGAGCAGACAGCAGGACCCAGGGAUCCUCGCUUCAAUUUCUCCCGCCUCGUUCCAGCAGGGAUCGGGCUCGUGCUCGUCUUCCGCGGAGUUCGGACCGGGGACUCCACCUGCAGACGCCGUCCAGCCCCGGGUCAAAGAAGGAAGGCGGGCCGAGGUGUCCGGGCCGCUGCCGGCUCCUCCUCCUCUCCAUGUGAUAGGCACCGUCACCGCUGCAUCCCCAGCGCUGCAACCAGCGGCCUGCACGGCUCGUCAGAGACAGGAAGAAGAGCGGAUCCGCCCCCUCUCCCCCUCCCCGCACUUUCUCCCCCAUUCACCCUCCUCCCCAGCACAUUCCAAAGCACCCACGCCGAGUGGCAAGGUGGUCCGGCGACGUCAAGGUCUUGCGGGGGACACUCGCCGCCUCCCCACGCGAGACAGACCGCCUCGCCAGCCCUCCCGACGGCGAUCCAUCCCAGCUGAGAGAGCCUCAACUUGACCAGUCGGGAACCUCAACUGGGACCAGCAGAGGUGGUGGGAAAGAGCAACAGGGCCAGCGGACGAACUGGGAAGAAAAGUGGGAAGUAAGGGACGAAGACGAGUCGUUCUCGCCUGGGAAACGGCAAGCGGACUGGCAAGGCACCCACCCCCCGGCGGCAGAGCUGGGCCCCCCUACCCAGCCCAUGGAGCCGCCGGGAUCUGGCUUGGGGGGCGCCGCCAUGCUCACUGACCUGGUGUAUACCUUUCCUCCAAAAUCAGAAACAACAAACUGGGUAUUUUGUGUGCUGCUUGGGAAAAUGUAAGAGGUGAACUCAAGUUAAUUCUUUUUUUAAAAAAAAUAUGGAUGGCUAGAAGGAGGUCUCUCAUUAUUAUGACAGUGCAUAGAAAUCAUGCAUACAUAUGACAGAGGAAAUAGAAUACAGUAGCUCAGAAAGGAAUGGUGUUUGUCUCUGUUGUGCUUCAGGAUUUAGGUUUGGGAAGCACUCAGAUAGAUUCAACCUCCUGAAACCUCUUCAUAUGUAGUGUGCAUUUUGUCCCCCCUGAAUAUCUCCAACUCUUUAGUGCACAUUUGGGCUGAAGAAUGCCUUGUCAAACCAGAAGCUGCAGUUUUGACCUCUGUGAUACCAUUGUAGAAAUUAGUGAUUGCUGCUUGAGGCAUUAAGGCAUGAUAGCCUGCGGUGGUUUAAAAUCUAGUUGAUACAUAUAAAUUCCAUUCUGCAACACAUUUCCCUUGAUUAUGUGUGAAUGAGACACAGUCCUUCCAGUGUAAGACAGGAGCAUUCAGAUAUACUGUAGGAUCAACUCAUCCUUCACUGUACCUGAUGGCUGAAAUGGAUAGUUAUUAGCAUGUGUUUUUUAAAUAUCAAAAUAAAUAACUGAUAGAAUAAAAGUGAUUACAGAACCAAAAACUACAGGAUUUGGACAUUUGCCCUUUCCUUGCUUAUUUCCUUUAUUCCUUCUAGACAUCUAUAUGGAGGAUCAUCACUUCCUUCAAAUUCCUUCUUGAAACUUACUCUUUCUGUGAAGCUUUGGCUUAACCCCUCAUUGCAUAAACUGACACUAAGUCAUGCCUUUAACAGCAUGAAUCCUUAGUUCUUCUUUUCCUCUAUUUUUUUAAAAAAAUCCUGUUGCAUUAUAAAACAAAAGUAUAUAACCAGCAGCUCAUGGGUUGUUUAGGCCCUUAAUAGUUUUGGAUGUCCUUGGAUGUCCCAAGGACUUUCCAAAACUUGCUAUUAGAAUAAUUAAUGUGUGAGAAAGGGGAAAUUUCAUUACAGAGGUCAAUUUUCCUUAUUUAAAUGCAUUUUAAUUCAGUUUGCAUUUAUAUAAAAUGCAAAUCAAAUGUUGCUUUUGUCCUUGUUUACACCAACUUUCAUCUGUUCUCACCCACUGUAUGGAGCGUGGCCCCUGACAUGCCUCUCAAAGGCUCCGUAUGGGCUUUGCCUGUUCUGCACUGCAACAACCCCGCUGUAAAAGAUGGUGGACCUUGCUGUCACAUUCUUUUUCUGCUUGGAUGUAUGAGGCCUUGUUCAGUCAUGGAUCCUUCAGUCACUCUGUGGCAGUUUCUUCUGCAGUUGUUGGAACAGCAGAGCAAUGGGCAUCUGAUCUCAUGGACAUCCAAUGAUGGGGAGUUCAAGUUGGUGGAUGCAGAAGAGGUUGCCCGACUCUGGGGUCUGCGGAAGAACAAGACCAACAUGAAUUAUGACAAGCUGAGCCGGGCCCUGCGUUACUACUAUGACAAAAAUAUCAUCCGUAAAGUCAGUGGUCAGAAGUUUGUCUACAAGUUUGUCUCUUACCCGGAACUUUCGAGUAUGGAAGGCAUGAAGGAUGAGGCAGGUACCAAAAAACCUGAGCAGGUCCCAGGUGAGGCCAAAGGGAAUGAAGGUGCCUUUGGUACCUCCAAAGCUCCACGAGGAGGUGGGGGUGCCCCACGUAGCAGUCGAAAUGAAUACAUGCGUUCCGGACUGUACUCCACUUUCACCAUUCAGUCACUACAGAACCCUUCACCUGUUGGACGGGCCUCACGCCAGGAGACAGAGGUUUUGCCUGUGUUGCCUCCCCUUGCUGCUGCUCCUGAGCCAAUGGCCUCCUUUUCCAUGGCCCCAGUGGAGGACCUCCCACAACUGCAUAUAAGCAUUGAAGAACCAGAGGAAUCCCAAGAGUCCCUGCAGGUCAUAGUGGAGCCCAUUCCUUUGGAGACUCCUGCACUUGAUGAGAAGGUGCUGGUGAAAGUGGAGGAGAACCUUGACCUUGAUGAAGAAGCAGCUGCUCUGAUGGUUUUAAUGGAUGGUGGAGUGAAGGAAGAGACAGCUCCUUCUGAGAAGUCUUCUCUGGAGAAGGAAUCCGGGGAGGCCGAGCUGCAUCAAGAUGGAGAUAGGCUACUGAAGAAGGAAGCACAAUCUUCCAGCCUGGUGUCUGUUUCUCUUGAGGGACAGCCCCAGAAAGGGAAGAAGCCUAAAGUCUUGGAGCUUCCUUCAUUACCAACUCAAGAGAAAGUGAAUGCAGCUGUUAACAGCCUCCUGGCGCCGGGUGGGACAGGAAGCACCUUGACGCCAACCACAGUUAUUUCCUCACACGCACUGACUCCAGUACUGCUCACCCCGAGUUCCUUGCCACCCACCAUCCAUUUCUGGAGUACCCUGAGCCCCAUUGCACCGCGUAGCCCAGCCAAGCUUUCCUUCCAGUUUCCCAGUAAUUCUAGCUCACAGGUUCACAUCCCGUCACUCAGUGUUGAUGGACUCUCCACUCCUGUAGUCCUUUCUCCUGGUCCCCAGAAGCCAUAAUCUUUCCUCUGCAUCACCAUAUUCUCUACUCCUGCCAAAGAACUGGCUUGAGUCUCUUUUCAAGCACUUGGGUCUACUUCAGCUGGACAGCUAUGUGUCCCUUCGUUAACUGGAAGAAUCCUUUGAUGAUUCAAGCAGCGUCAGCUGGAAGAAUGAAAAAUGGCAUAGCAAGCAGAUUCAUCCAUUCAUCUUUGAUCUGCCAGAAUUUUUCCUUGAAACCAAAUGGUGUUUUGCCAGUAUCAAGCACUUGAUGUGUUGCACUUGCUUCUUGUUGCAAAAUUCAGGCAGCCCUCAAAUAUGUCUGUGAGGGCAACGAGAAUAUAAGCUUUAUUUGGUCUCCUCUCCAAGAGGCUGCCCUUACUUGACACUGUUGUGGCAAUAUGGCUUUCUUUUCUGUCCCCUAUGGUGGUAGUCACCUUUAAUAACAAUUUAUCUGGUGGUCCAAGGUCAAGAAGGCUGCCUACCAAUCUUCACCCACUUUGCAAGAUAAAUCAAGUAUCUCACUUCAUCUCUACCUUUUUUUUUUUCUGGCUCACUUUUAGCUUAGUUAUUAUUAGAGAAAUAGAUCCUGCCAGCCAGGUUCAUUUUAGGAGUAUACAAAGAAACCAGUGCCAGUCCUAUUUGUUUUGUCUAUGUAUGGACAAUACGUUGAUAUGCAAGCCAUUUUUAUUUUGGCAGGAUAUACAGUAAUAAGGAAUUUUGGUCAGCUUUGAUCUUGGAUGGCUAGGUGUGGGAGUGUCAUAGCUACUCACAUCAACUGCAAGUGAACAAAGUAGAGAAGAGGAAUCACUGUUGAUCAUGUUUCUUCCAAGAAUACUGAUAAGUCAUUAUUGUAUUUGAUUUGAUUUCAUAGGGAAAAAAAUAACGAGAUGUGUUUGCUGGGCAACACAGUAGGAAUAAACUGUCAGCCAUCUUCAGUUUGACCAGCAAAAGCAACAGCAUCAGUUGCAUUUAGUUAAACUCUGUUGAUUGUGGUUUUUUUUGAUUCACUGAAGUAGGAAUGUUUCUGGUAUUUCUUUGGGAGAAAAUUUCUCCAUCUGACACCAAGAGUAUAGCUGGGUAGGUUUUAAUCGUUUUCCUCCAUUGGUCAAAAGUCACCGAUUCGUCAACGCGGAGACCUGCGAAUGAAGUCUGCUUACUGAAUUCAAAAUCUAAUUUUUUUGUAGCAGAAUGGUUUCCUUAAUUUAGUUCCUGGCGAUCAGAGGUCAUGACAGAAAAAGGCCAAAGGGAAAGUCUUAACCCUCUCUAUUUUUGACUGCUUUUUAUGGUUUCGUUUCUGUCAUCAUUGAAGAAAUGUCAGGCAUCAGCUAUUAUGGUGGAAAAUGUUAAUUACGGAUUGAUCCUGAUCACACAUACCUCUCCAGUUUUCUUCCAGCUCUUGAGUCAUCCUGGAAAAAGCAGUGAUUAAAUCCACCAUCUUUCAAUCUCUUCAAUUCCUGGAGCCAAAAAAGCUUUUUUUAUGGAAACAGUGGAAAUGAUAUAUUUCUAUAGUUCCACAUUUUAUUUCAAAUGCAUCAUAGAGACUCUGCAAAGGGCUGUGUCUCUUUGUCAGUGGGUUUAUUAGAACUCAUAUAUUUGGAUGACAAGAAUUUCAUCCCUAGUUUAUUGUGAUUUUUUGGGAGGUUAUCCAUAAGUGUUUGUUAAUGCCACAAAAGAUAUGCUAUUUCAGAGGUAUCAGCCAAUUCUUAAUGAGAGUUCCUGGCACCUUCUAUUUUUUCACAGAGUAUCUAUAUCUAUAUAUCACAAUUUUAUCUAUUGUCAAGAAAAUUGUAUUAAGAGAGACGUAGAUGGAUCAGAUCUAUAUUUAUCUUUUCGUCUGUCCAUUUUGAUAGCUAUUUUUUAAACCACAGAAUGGGAGCGAGAGAACAUUCUUUUACAGUGAAUUUGGAAAGGGAAGCAUUUGGCUUUCUAAUUGUUUGUAUGUACCUGUGUACAGAUUUUGAGGUGAAAAGAAGAUAAGGGCGUAGUGUGGAGAAAUGUGGUUUUCAAAUUAUUCCCGGUAGAGUUUAUAAUAGAAUAAUGAUGGACCAGGUCCUCUAUAAGAGAUGGUUUAAGAUUUCAAGUCUUAGUCCAAUCUAUCUAAAAGACACCAGUCUGAAGCCUUUUCGGGGGUAUAUUUGGAAUGACUAUGUGGUCACUCCGUAUCUUGUGCUGAAGGUGAUCUCUGCAACGCCCCUUGGAAUCCUUGUUAUUGUUCCAGGAAUACUAACAGCUACUGGGCAGUUCCUUAGAAUAUGGAUAACGAACGAGGGCUCUGUAAGAGCAAAUAAAAACAUUAAUACCAAUAAGAAGGAUUAAAGCAAACAUUUGAUGAGAAAGUCAGGCUAGACUCUGAACUUCGAUGUUAGAAAAUCUAUCAGUGAAGAAUGACUUCACUAAAAUUACUGAUUAUUGGGGCUUAGAACGUCAGAAGAUCUGUGAGUUAAGAUCUUGUAUGUGAAUCAGUCACGAUGAAAAUGGGAAGCAGGUUUAGGGACCCAUUUAAAAAAAAGGAAAAGAGGAAUGUGCCUGAAGAAUACAUAAUCUUUUGCAACUAACAGGCUUACCUCCUCACAAUUUGUACUGUACUCCCAAGUUAUUUUUCUAUGCUCUAGCAGUAGUCUCAUUCAGUAUGUAAACCUUUAAUUAAAUUACCUGGGAAACUGACUGCAGAGAGAUGAGCUAGGAGCAGGAUUUCACCAUCUAUAUGCCAACUUGCUUUUAACUCACUCCCUGCUCCAACUUUUCUGUGUGAUUGGUGUAGAAACGAGUUUAAAAGAUAUGCUACAUUUAUGCCCAAUAGGGCUCUGCUGUAAUUUUGGAGUGAUGGGAUAGAAUCUGAUUUCAUAGGGAAUUAAGCUAGUCUGCCUGAAUUUAUUCUGGCAAGAAAGAAAUGAAACUGGGUAGGCGGUUUAAGAUUUAAACAAUAUUUUAGAUAACUGGAUUUGGGAGGGCUUCAAAAACAAAAGUUUAUAGCCAGAAAAAUACAGUUUAUUUUUAAUCAUCCUGUUGUGUAGCAUUAAUAAUAAUGAUGUCUAUAUUUUUGUUGCACUUCCAUAUUGUGUCCUCCUGGGAGAAAUCUUAAGUGCUUUAUAAGAGGCGGUUUACAGUUUUAUUUAAUAAAUUAGGCAUGUUGUGUAAUCAGCAAUCUGCAAAACAAUCAGGUACAAUUCAUGAGUGUUACCAUUCAAAUCAUGUGUAAAUCAUAUGUGAUUUGUGUAUCAGUAAACUGUGCUUUAGAGUAAACUAUGAGCACAGCAUGCAUGCAUAUAUGUAUGUGUGUACGUGUAUAUACACACACACAUAUAUAUACAUAUAUAUGUAUACACACAUACAUGCAGGCAUGCUGUACUUACAUAUAUCUAUUCAGCAAAACAGAUGGAAAAGAUUAUAUUGUGACAGGACAAAGCAUUUAAGCUGAUAUGUAAAAAAAAUGAACAAAGAGUUAUUUUGUGGCACAUUUAUGUAAUGCCACUAGUACAUCAAGAGUAAGUAUUCGCAUUGUAAUGGAUCUGCAGUGUACUUUCAUACAAUAAUCUUCAGUUUUAUUUUAGCCUUCCUACAUGCAAGCCAUGAGUAGCCAUUAGUAAAAUUGCAAACAUUGUUUCUUGUAAACUGUAAGUGAAAUGUGGUUAUACUUUGAGUACACCAUAUGCAAACAAUGAGUAAGUCAUGUAAGCCAUUAUUGACCUUUGGUCAAGCCAUGUGGAAGCCGAUACAAAUGUUUCAACCCUUUGAGUAUGGUUGCUUUCUUAAGUCAUUGGCUUUCCACAUUAAACCUCUGUUUUUUCUCAUGCAGGUGCCACUUGGGCUUGCCCAGUUUUAUUGAGAGCACCCAGCAAAGUAGCUUUACAAGUAUCUUGUCUAGGACAAAUAGCUGCUUCGGCACCCUCCAUCCUGACGCUUGAUCUUCAGGGUUAAUUGCUUGAAAGUCCUAAUAGGGCUUAGGAGGGUGUGGCUCCCAGAGCCAAACAGUAGCAUUAGGGUCCUAGGCUUCUUUCCUCACUUCAACUUGUGCAGCUUUCAGAAACUUUGUGCUAAAGUAAGACAAUAUUUUGUAGCCAUAUAUUAGUGCUGACACAUACAACAAAGGUAUCCCUGCUAUGGCGGCAUGUUCAAGGAGUAAUUGCAAAAGGACUAUUAAAGAAGAUUGCAAACAUUGUACACACAGAAGCACAUAGACACUUACAGAGAUCUAUAAUAAAAAGAUAUAUAUCCAGAAUACAGAUACAUGGGUAUAUAUUUAUAUUCCUUCCAUAAGUAACUCUUCAGGAUUCAUAGGGCUAUGGAUUCCUUUAUCUUAAAAAAAAAAAGGGAAAACAGAUAAUUUAGAUAAUUUAUUCUGAGAAGUGCUUGAUGUCUUUCAAAUAACAUUAAUAAAAAUAAUUGUAAUUUGAUAGUAUCCUAACCACAAAGAUCAGUUCAUCUUAAAUGGGAAUCUUUCAAGAUUUCAUGAUUUUCAAAUCCACUGAAACCCAUGGGUUUGCUUCCAAAAUUUUUAAUUGAACUGGGUGAAGGCAGUAGAUGUGGAUCCUUUUAUACUUUCACCAUGGUGAAAAGAUGAAGGACUUUAAUGAACUGUGUACUGUAUCUGCUUGGCAAAAUGUUGAAUGAGAGAGAAGCAGCAGCAGCCUUAAAAUACUACCCCAGUUUAAAUCAGGAACUGUCCUUCUAGAUCAGAUGAGCAUGAAAGUAUAUUUUCUCUCCAUUCCAGUAAAAUCCUAAAAUGCACAAUACAUAGCAUUCCUCACAUUUCUCAAACGAUUGGUUUGAGUGUGAUUCUUUGACAAGAUUUUUUAUAGCCAAGAAAUAUUACACUUUGUCCUCUUGUAAGAUGAUGUUUAAAGGGAGGAUGCUUUUGAUGUAGAAGAGAGAAUCUAAGUUACCCGUGAGAAAUACUUAUUUCUACAUAAUGGCUAAAAACUGCAGAAGCCCUAGUUGCCAGCUGGCCAACGUUUCGAAAUGAGUAAGUUUAAUAGGAAAAGUUGCCACUAUUUUUAUAAAUGGAGGCAGGAAUUCUUUGACAGUGCACAAAAGGCAGGAAUGAGCAGGUGCCAUUGCCAGUAGGAUGUUGAGUGGCCUUCCUUGUCCUGAAAUUGUUAACAGGAUAUCUAUUCAUUCAAGAUAAUGACAGUCCUAAAAGUAAUCUGGAAAAUAAGCGAAGAGUCAAUCUCCUAUGUAUGGCUAGUGAAUUUCAAAACAAUCCACUUAUUUAAUACUGAAGUCUGACCUCUUCCAGCAAAGAUCCAAGUCUGUACCGGUACGAUAAAACAAUCAAGCAAAAACAAAAUUAUAAAUCAAAUUAUUUCACUUGACAAAUAUAAGUGCCCAGUCUCUACCAGGAAUCUUAAAGCACAUUAAAAUUUUAUUAUUGUUAUGGACCAGGGGCACCAAAUUUAAUGUCAAUGAACUUUCAUCCCAAAGAGCUAAUACCACAGUAUCUUUAAUUUUAAAGAGCCAUGAAGGUUUGCUUUUCCUCAUGAAAGAAUCAGGUGGUAUCAUUUUUUUCCUGGAAUGUACACUGGGUUGCGGCUGUGAGUAUGUUUUGCUUUCAUUAUAAAGUGUAUUUUUCUGCAAUGCACAACUGGUACAUCAGUUGUAUGUUCUUUAAUGGAAUCAAAGUGGUAGUGUUAGAGAACUGGUCAUGGUGGAGAUUCCUGUGUACACGAGUACAAUCCAGGAAAAAUAUUAUUUCUCAGUUCUAUAUAAAGCACCAUGACUUUAUUUCAUUCCAUUUCACGUGCUGUCUACUUUCGGCAAGCCUUUCAGUUUGCAUUUGGUCUUAUAUUUUCAAGAGGCUGCUUUUAGAUGAUCUUGAAAAGAUGGGACUAAGAAGAUAGGAAGGUCUCCAACACCCACAGGGCUUGAAUAAAAUAAAUUUGGCCUGCAUUAAUUUGGCCUGGCCAUUCUUGAUGAAAAAGGCCUGAUGUAUCAUUUUGUAAUACUUUGAUGGGAAUGUGUAUCCACAUAUUUCAGGCUUAUGCUUGACCAUAGAAAUGUGACUGUAGCCUCCAAGUUUAAUUGGGAGAAUGUCAGGGGAAAAUGAUUCCCUCCUAGGCUCUGAAUGGGAUACUUUGCACAACCGAUUCCAAGAAUAUUUGAUUUAAUUUAUAGCAAGAGAGUGUAUCUUAACAUAUAUUAAAAACCAGGAGUGUCUUUUUUUGCCUUUCUCACUUGAACAUGCUGAGUCUGUGAUAUUCAGAAUUUCUUUCUCAGUGACACUUUUGAGUUGUCAAGAGUGUAGCAGGGAUUGGUGAGAUAAUGUGAAAAGAACAGGGCAAAAUCCAGGGAUUUAACAUUUUUGGUUGAAGUAGAUAUUUUGUUGGGAUUUUGUUCCCGUGGAGGAAAUCCUACAAGAUGGUCUGGGAAAUGUUUUCUUUUCCCUGUUUCUCUUCAUUGUUGAACUGGUCUUGGUCCCUGAGCCAGAGGUGAUAGGGAUCUGUCCCUCUCUAGUUACCUCUGCACUGGGGUUUGGAUCCUGUUUAUUUUUAUGAUGAAACUUUCUGGGAUCCUGCCCUGUAAAUAAAUUUAUUUUUCAACAAAAUUCA